AUGCUUGAGUUUUCUGAUAACUCUAUUGACAUUUGUGAUUAUUUUCUCAAGAAACCUGCUUAAUACAAUCAACAUUCUUCACUUGUAAGCAGCUGGAUGACUUAAAUUCAGCCACUGAAUUAGUAAAGAACAGAUUAAGACUCCAAACUUUUAGAGAGCAAAGAUCAAAUCUCAAACAUUUCAACAAAGAAAUCUAACAUUCAUGUAUCAACUAUAACUGCCAGCGAGGACUUUAAAACUAACCUAAACAAUAUUAACAGGAAUUUCUUGUACUGUUAAAACUAUUCUGAGCCUUCCUAAAAACAUGACAAAAAUUAGGGGCAAGAUGAGGAAACUUCUAGCUUAAAAGGAGAAGACAAGCUCUUCGAAAAUAAGUUUAUGAAUUAGAUAAAAAUAACAAUGAAGAGUAUUGAAACAUAAUCUAAUAAAUCCAACUUUUCAGAGGAGUCUAUCUCCAUUCAUUUAAUUGAUCAAUCAACAUACACUACUUUAGAAUCAGAGGAAUCUAAAAGUCACCUAAUAUUUCAGGUUGAGAAAGCCUCUGGAGUAAAAGAUAGAAGACAAAAGCAAAAUAUUUUAUAAAACACUUUAGAACUGGAAUAAUUUUACAAAAGUUAAACCAAUGACCUCACCACAAAUCUAAAUCUAGCUACAAAAAAGAUAAAGAGGAGAGGAAGACCCUACGUAGGUGAUGUUUAAGAUGUGGAAUCAAAGGAGACUAAUGUCUGCUAAAAAAGAUCAAUUUUCAGGGAUUUAAAGAAAAUGAUCCAAAAUAAUUAACACAAAUUCAAGACUCUCUUCAAAAGGAUUGAAAUACCGAGCUGCAUUCAAUAAGAUGUUGAAAUCAGACUCAAUUAAUUUCAAAACUGCUCAUCCUACUAUAAAAUUACAGAAAAAACUCUUAAUAAGCCAUUUAUUUAGUACUUUCCUAUCAUAGGUGAUGUCUGUUAUAAGUUCAAUAGACUAAGCAAGGAAGCAUUCUUCAAGGACAAGGCAUGUGCCUAUAUAUUUCUACAUGCUAGCGAAUAUUUGAAGAAAAAUCUCUAUGAUAAACUGUAAAAUUAAAGUCUACAGAAUUCUAAAGCUAAUUAGCUUACAAAAGGCAUAAUGACGCCCUAACAACUAAAUAUAUACAUAAAUAUACUUGAAGAACUAACUUCACUAGCUGAGAAGUCACUUAAGAAUUCUUAAUUGACUAUAGCUUGA